GACUUCAGGAUUAUUGUUGUUGUGCCUUCUACCCUCCCGCCCAUCCCCAUUUCCUGGAGAUCAGCCAGCAGGGAAAUCCUCUAAGGGGGUGGAUGAGAGACAAAGUCUGCAGCCCUGCUCAGCCACGAACAGCUCCACCUCAAACAAAGCAAACAAUAACAACCUCCCUUGUUGCCUCGCUCGCUCUCCCAGUCUGUGUAUCUUCUCUUUGUGGGCGCACCAACCAUGAGGCUGCCUACGGCUGGCCCCAGCACUGGCCAGACCUGUGGGCUUGUGCUGAUCUCCGCUGUGCUGCUGCAAUCCAUUUGCGUGGCGGUUACUUUCCUUUACUUCACUAAUGAGCUGAAACAGCUCCAGGACACAUAUUCCAAGAGCGGCAUUGCUUGUCUCACUGGGGAAGAUCUGGGAACUUUCAUAAAACAUGUGGAUCUAAAUGAGAAUGAAGAACGAGAGAGUGACCCCUGCUGGCAAGUGAAGUGGCAACUAGGAAAGUUAAUUAAAAAGAUGAUAUCAAGAAACUAUGAGGAAAACAUUUCAUCUGCCGUGAAAGGAACUGAAGAACAGGUAUCUCAGAACCAUGGUCACAGAAUAGCAGCUCACUUAACUGGAAGCCGCAAUAAGAAGAGCUCUCUAUCCACAUCAAAUUCCUCAUCCAGAAGAGGUGUUGGGCAGAAAAUAAAUACCUGGGAACCCUCAAGGAAAGACCAUUCCUUCCUCUAUAAUGUGGAGUUGAAAAAUGGGGAGUUAAUCAUACCCAGAACAGGGUUUUAUUACAUCUACUCUCAAACUUACUUUCGAUUCAGCGAACCUGAGAACGAGGAUUCAGAAUCAGAUCCGUUAGCACUAAGCAGAAACCCUAAGCAAAUGGUCCAGUAUGUUUACAAACUGACAACAUAUCCAGAGCCUAUCCUGCUCAUGAAAAGUGCAAGAACUAGCUGCUGGUCUAAAAAGGCAGAAUAUGGACUUUACUCCAUAUAUCAAGGUGGAGUAUUUCAGCUAAAAAGGGAUGAUAAGAUUUUUGUCUCGGUCAGUAACGAGGACAUGGUUGACAUGGACAAAGAAGCAAGUUUUUUUGGAGCCUUUUUGAUCAGCUAAACGACUAACAGAAGACCAGACUCCCAAAGGAAUCAUUUUUUAAAUUCUAUAAUCUAAGGUGGCAGAGGAGGGAGGAAGUCACUGUGAUAAUACAGUGACUUUGAAGCAAUAGUGGGAAUGCAAGAAUCCCCACUGUCAAUUCAUCCUGUAAAAGGUUUGAUUGCUCUGAGAAAUGAUCCAACGGAAGAGCAGCAGGUGGCUACAGCUGCAUAUGACUGUGCCUUGUAUAACAGCACAGCAGAUCCCCAAACAUGCCAGUGUUCUAGGACUUGCCAGGAUUUUAACGUGUCAAAGGUGAAUGAUUUUGGCUAGGAUCAGAUCAAGUGCAGGCAGGCACUGUCUGAGGUUCCCCAUACCAGUCUACCAAAGCCUCUCAAAACCUCAUUUGUGGCAAUCCCUCUGCAGGAAAGGUGGAUUUGCACAGGGACUAGAUGGAGACUAUAGACUUGCACAGGGGAUUAGAUUGAGGUUGGAAAAUGGAUUUUAUCAUGAACGACACUUUGGACCCUAUCCUGCUGACUCUUUCUCCUGUGAGUACUCUUUACAUGAGCAGAAGUCCUUCUGAUGUCAGUUGGACUGCUCUCUUGAGUAAUAAGGUUUGCAGGAUCAGUCCCUAUGUUUGAAUCUUAGAUUUCCUAAAAUGAAAGGCUAACAAACAAUUAAACUACAGUAGCAUUUAAGCAAAUACUUAACUUUGACAUGUGAGUACUCCAUUUGAAAUCAAUGGGAUACUCACGUGCUUAAAGUUAAAUAUGUGCUUAAGUGCUGCAUGGGAUCACAGCCUGGUUAUUUUUGUCUUCAUUAGGGUAUUGUAUAGAUGAUGGAAUGAAGUGGCACAGCAGAGCCAUUGAAAUCCAUAAGUCAAAUUAUGAGUUCCCAGUACAUUUCAAUAAUCUCAUAUCUGCAUUGUUGACUAAUAUUGUAUUGCAGAGAUUUUACCACACUUAGAGCAUGUUCAAAUAUGGAAUCACUCUAUACUUAGUGAAAAUGAGUAUUUGAUCCAGAACCCAAGUGUUUUCCUUUAAAUAUUGCAUUCAGAGGACUACAUUAUUUGUCUCACAUCAAGCAUGACAUGAUGUGGUUCUUUCAUGUUGAUUGGGAUGAUGCCAUGGAACAUGAUAUGAUGCAGAAUAAUUAGCUUGGAUUUGAAGGAGAACAUUCUUACUCCUGGAGAGGAUACAUGACUAUCUCUGCUUCAGCAUGGGCUGAUUUUAACUUAAUACUGUUUAGAUUUUUGUUUUAUUUGCAGGGCUGUGUGGGAACUACAAAGCAUUUCUUUUUCUACCUGAACUGAAUAUUAGAUUUGUCUGCUGUAAGAUUAGAAUUGUUUUUUAAAAGUUUAAGUUUUGUUAAGAAUAGGCAAUAUAGCCGGAUCUUCAGGUAGCACCACUCCAGUCACUUUAGUGGAGCUACUCUCAUUUACACCAACUACAGAUCUAGCCCAAGUUCAGUGGAAAAAACAUAUAUUUCUGAAAGAAAGAGGGAGUGAAAGGCAAGUGGGGCAAGGACGUCGUAUGGACCAAAUUAUCUGCAGAUGUAAAUCAACGUAAAUAGAAUUAAGCUAGUAGAGAAUUUGGCCCUAUAUUUUUGAUAUAAUAAGGUUGCCUCAGGAGUCAUAAAAUGAUGAAAGUCAGCAAAUGGCCUUACUUACUUUGUCCAUGGCCUACAGGAAAAACAGGUAUACCAUUCACCCUACUAUCUUUUUAUGGCCAACUGGAAAUGAAUUUGCAUCAGUUGCCUCACUUGCCUUGUCUAUAUAAAUCAGAAAAGUAGGCACACCAGUCAUUCUAUUUACUUUACCUAUGAACAUCAAGAAAAGAAUUUACAGCAAUCACUUUGCUUUGACUGGUUAGAAGAAAGAAGCAUAUGCAAGUUGAUAUUCAAAACCAUUGUUCCAGUCUGUGUUUGCUGUUUCUUCCUGGAGGAAAAUAUGGUAAUUUCGAUGGUAACCAAUUCUGUGAAUUGCUCCACCGCUUACUGGAGAUGCUUGUUUUGCAGUGCAGUCAUGUCUCAUAUACAUUAUAUAUUUUUCUCAACUAGUCUUUUGAAGCAUUUUCUCAGAAUUCUCCAACUACACACCACAGAGUUUUUAGCUUUAUUUUGUGGCUUCCUAAUUUGGAUACAGUAUGAAUUUGCACUAGUUUCACACUGGUCCCCACUGACUUUGAUUGAACUGCUCCUGAUUUACACUGGUAUAGAUACUUCAGGUCUUUCUAGCUAAGCGAGGACCAGAUUUUUUGCCCUUACUCAUAUUACAUAAUACUUUAGGUCCCAAUGCUGUAAUGGGAGUACUCUUAGUGCACAAAGUUAAGCCUGAGUGUAGGUGUUUGCAGGAUUGAGGCCUCACUUUGCAAGUUGUUCCAUUGGUUUUCAAUGGAAUUGUUUGUGGAGUAAGGGCUUGACCCUGCUCCCAUUCAGAUCGGAGCAAAAACCUUAAUGGGGCAGGACCAACCCUUUAGGUAUUAUUCAAUGAGAGGAAGGCCAGCACAAUCUGAUCCAAUCUGAUUAGGAAAUAUACUGUUUAUUUUUCACAAAACUGACUAAUUUUCAAACUAGUCAGUUUAGCUUAAUACAUUUUCAAAAGAGAAUAAUUUGCAGAGAACUUUUAUCCAGAUUUUCUUCCCAAUUCUAAUUUUUGAAUCAGCUAGCACAGUGUUCUUACUUAACACAGGAGUACUACAAGACUGCAUUAAACAGCUCCCUCC